GUAUUAUUUCAAUAUUCCAGUUGACUAAAAUUAUCCAUACGAUGCUUUGACAGUAAUCAGCUGACUAACAAAAAGUAUCGCACAUCGCUCGUCACUCGUGGUCUGCCACAAAAAGAUAAACAAAACAAAGAAGAGGGAUACAUGGAACUAGUUGUGCAGCAUCUUCCAACAUCCAAAUAUGGAAUUAUUUUACGUUGCUCCUGCAUUUCAUACAACAUUAUCAACAACCGUACCAUGGUUAGAUUUUAUUCAACUCGCCUACAUUCAGCAGAAUAUACGAGGUGCUACAAUAUCCUGAAUGUGAAGGUUGACAGUGAUCAAGAGACUGUCAGACAAGCUUUCCUGAAGCUGGUGAAGAGAUUCCAUCCUGAUAGUGGCUCUGCAGAAGCGGAUGGACAGAAGUUUCAAGAGAUCGAAAGGGCAUAUAGGAAGCUUCAGCAGAAGUUCCACGCAGAACGGUGGUCGGAUCGUUGGAACCAUGAUGCUGGAGAGUACGGGUUAUAUUACAAGGAGAAGAAAGCUCCCGAGACCCCUAUCGUGGAGCACGAUAUCAAGCACACAGCCCCACAGCAUCGUCAGUACCUUACGUAUGAUGGGUUCGGAGCAGGUACACCAGCUCAGAGGCACAAACAGUACCAGAAGCUGAGAGCGUCCACUGCUGUUGAGAACGUCUACAGCCACCGUAUCUCUCGGCUACAGCAGGGAGAGACACUCAACGAGGAGCAAGCUUUGGUCGUCAAGGACAAACAAAGGGCAAAGAAUAUAAAAACCAGGUAUGGCAUGGAUCGUCUGGUGGAGGACCUUAUUCAGGAGUCCAUGGCGAAAGGGGAGUUCGACAACUUGUCAGGGAAAGGAAAGCCCUUGAGUACACGGCAGGACCACUACAACCCCUACGUGGAUCUGGUUACUCACAAAAUGAACCAGGUGAUGAUCGAUAAUGGCUUCAUGCCUGAGUGGAUCUCACUGCAGAAGGAAAUCAGGUCAGACUGCGAGAGAGUAAGAGAGGGGUUGGAGAAGGUACGAGCAGGGCUGAGUGAUCCUCCACUACCCCAGCUGGAGGCGGAGAGAUGGGCCGCCGCGAUCAGUGAUGUCAAGGAAGACGUACAAGCUCUCAACGCCAAAAUAGGAAAGUUCAACUUGGUGGUUCCUCUACUGCCCAACCAGAUGUUGCUGUUCGACCUUGACCAAGAGGCUACUAAGAUACUGAAUUCACCUCCAAAAAAGUUUGAAGAGCCAAAACCAAAACCAUCAAAAAUUAAACACGAAGGUCAAGACACUCUUAUCAGUAUGCUUAUAUCUGUUUUCAACAGAUGAGUUUGAUUCUUGGGUUCGUAUUGCGAGUGCAUGUGCCGUGGAACUGUCUGUGAUAAAAUAAGCAAGAAGUUAGCUUUAUUAAGGGUGAUUUUAGCCAAAUGCGAAGGAUUCUGACACUUUGACUUAGAAUAUACUUUUAGUGUAAUGUAUUUGUAUGUAUGUUUAGUUAAAUUUUAACUGGUAUGUUUUAUCAAUAAUAAAUUAUAUUUGCUAGA